AUGCGUUGGACGUUCUCUGCCAUCGCAUGCAUGAUCGCCUUUGGUACGGCAUCAACCAUACCAGCACCUCCUCAGCCAGAACCAAUUGAAGUUGUCGAGCUUCCUCUUCCUCCGGUUGCACCGAGCAAUGACACGGGUGCAUGCACGGCCUCCAUAAACCCCCACCGGACAGGCUGCAUUGGACAGAUAUCAGACUCCUUCCAGGCUGGCGACUUCGCACCUGAUGGGAAAUAUGUGGUUGUUACUGUGGAGUUCGUCGGUGCUCCAGCGGCACCAGAUCCUGCCAGCAUAUAUACCGGGACACAUCUCAUCCUUGUCAAAGCGGACGGUACACAUUUCCCAAAUGGCGAUGCAUGGAAAUGUUUGAGCUGUGGUGUUCCUGCGCAAAAUGCGCGCAGUAUUGACCCGGUGAGGGACUAUCCACAUGUGGCCAGAAGUUCCCGACAAGCACUUUGGGGGCACAAUAUUCUGGAUUGUAGUGGGAUUCCCCUGGUUAGCGAUGCGUGUACGCCAAACAAGACUCACAUCUAUCCAAUCUACUGGCCAACCGGCAGGAACAGCUCGGGCACCCCACGAGAAAUGCGUCUGCACCCUGACGAUACUCAUAUGGGUUGGAGCUCCUUCACAAGUGGUGGCGAGUUCGCAUACUAUGGUCGACUACAAUUCCGUCAGAAUCCGACAGAUGGAACGCUCACUGUCCCCAGAUACGAUCUCAUCGAUGUGAACCUGCUCGUUCAACCCAACGGAACCGCACCUGUCAUGGCUGAAGGCAACGAGCUAAGGCUCCAUGACGAAGCAAUUGCAGUUGGUGAGCUUCGUGGAUUCAGCGGCACCGGAGACGAGAUUUUAUAUAUUGGAUCAACACGCGAGGCAAACAACAUUGAUCUUUUUGCGGUCCAUAUCGUCACAGGCGUUGUGCGCCGUCUCACCAGUCACCCCGAGUAUGCUGAUCCUAUUGCCUUCUCACAUGACAACCGAUGGUUUGUUACCAUGGAUACUCGUGGCUCAAACCGACAAAUGUGGAUGGCUGGGGAGAGGUAUAUUCCUCCUCUGAUCGACUUAGUUACCAUCGCGGCUGCUUCAUCAACUCGCAAUAAUGGCGCACGUCGCUUCUUUCAACCGAUUUUGAUCGACCGUUAUGGUGACCGGGGUGACUACUUUGGUCAACGUGUGAACUAUGAAGGCGAUGACAGCAAUGGCAGUAUCAACGAUCCGAACUGGAAUGGCAGAGCAGACCCAGCCUUCUCCCCCGACGGGUCGAAAAUCGUAUUUUGGCAAGCUUUAGUGGUCUCACCUGCCUGUGGUGGUACCAACCCACUUCCCUGCCCAGUGUCAACUGCCCAAGGAGGUCGAACCUACCGCGUAAUGCUGGCACGUCUUACAAGCCGCAAACCCACGGUCCCAGCCCCUGUUUUUGUUGCACCUGAUUUUAUUCCCUGGGCGACCCCGUUCCCAGCCGGUGCAAGCCUUCCUACCUCUUAUUCAUUGCCCGGGGGGAAAUAUACUCUCUACGGCAUGGCCAGUGGGUUUGCAAAUGCUACCCUGACUAAGGAUCCGAUUUUAGGCAGCUUCAAGACUGUAUCUGUCAACUACACCAAUUACUCGGACGAUGGUCAGCACUACAUCAAUGGCUACGAAUCUGUUACUCAGAUAUCGAGUACGUCGAAUCCUUGGCUCAGCAACUUGAACUGGGUCUCCGAUAUCGUGCAAAGUGGCACCGUGAAUGCCGUAAAGAAGACUGGACCGGGUGGAUUCCAGUUGACUAUUGAUGCCCUAGCAAAUAUUUUUGAGGCCAAUGGGACACUGACUACGACUAUGAAUGGUGUGACGUACUACCAGCCACUGAAUGGUGCAUGA